AUGCUGAAAUCACCUACUUUACCAAUCCAACCACCUAGGAUCACAAUAAUGACGACUUCAACAGUAUUACCGUCGGUGACCACCAAGCCUUACAACAUCGUCGCCGCAGCUGAAGCUCUCCUAGAAGACGCCAAACGUCUGGCCGCCACCAUCGACCAAGGCAGCGAUAAUGUCCCCCUCCGUCGCAAACUCGCCCAGACCGCCCGCACACUUGCCGUUGAAACAUCGCACCCUCUUGACGCCGUAAAAGACGAAUGGCUCACCACCUCCGGUAUUGCCGUCUGGUCGUUGCUCACCUCGUGGAAGGCCUUUGAUUUGAUCCCCCUCACCGCACCAGGUUACAUCACCUAUGCCGACCUGGCCCGCCAGCUAGACGCCGAUGAGUCGUUGAUCAGUUUGUACUCCCGGCUCAUCACCCACCUCAUCGCCACAGGCAAACUCUCUCCUGGCCCAGUUCCGAACUCGGUCUCCCAUUCUAGGCUGUCACCUCUCUACAUCUCCACCAACCCCGUUUCGGACCUCGCUGUGAUUGCUGUAGGCAACGGAUUCAAGCCCUUCUUCCAAUGGCCGGAUUAUUUCUCCAAGUAUGGCCGCCGCGAGCCGCUUGGACAGACUCACACGCCGUUUUCGUUUGCUUGGGGCCAUGCUGAGCUUCCUCCGUGGGAAGUCAAGGCUUUGUAUCCCGGGUACAGCGCUUCGUUCAAGCGAUCGAUGCAGGCCAAGAAUAUCUUUGGGGGGGAUAUACCCAUUACCGGGGAGGGGGCGUUGUAUGACGUUUCCUGGGUGGGUUCCAAGAAACCAACGGAUGAAAACACAGUCAAGAUUGUGGAUGUGGGAGGGGGUAUGGGGCAUUUGGUGAAGGAACUGCUGGAAAAUGUGCAGGGAUUGAAGCCAGAAGAGUGUGUGCUUCAAGACCGACCUGAUGUGAUUGAGGGGGUGGAGAAGACGGGUGAUUUAGGGCUGAAAGGGGUGAGGUUCAUGAGCCAUGAUUUCCAUGAGAGGCAACCUGUGAGAGGGGCGUGGGUGUAUGUCUUGAGAAGGAUCCUGCUUGAUUACUCUGAUGACCUGGCAGUCAACAUUCUCAAGCAGGUGGCUGGUGCGCUGCCUGACGUCGACAAAGACGCCAGGGUUUUGAUUGUUGAGUUCAAGCUAUUUGAGGGGAUCGGUCAGCCACCGCAGAAUACGCACGUCGAUUUGAUGAUGUUCAAUCUGGGGGGCAAGCUGAGGAAUGAGAGGAUGUAUAGGGAUUUGGUCGAGAAGGCUGGGAUGAGGGUGGUGAAGUAUCAUGUCCGGGCGGGUGAUCCGCAUUGUGUGGUUGAAUGCGCCAAGGCUUGA